AUGGGUGCCUUCGCGUCUGUUCCUGACUGCCAGGCGCACUACAACAUCACGCUGAACUGCCAGAUACUUGACGAGUCAAAUAAUUCCACGAUCGAUCACUUCAACGGCACAUGGCCGGCUAACGUGUCGUUGGGUGGAGUUUACAAGGGUGGUUUCGAGGGCGAUGCCGACAUUGCCGGUGUAGGAAUCCUCGGCGUCUUCGUGGCAGUCACUUCGUUUGCGCUAGCUGCCAGUAUCGGUGAUGUCCUCUGGCAAUUCGCAAAGACCUGGAAGUGGAAGAAAACCUAUACCGAAGAGGAGAAGCGAGCGAGACGGAAACGUCUGAGCCUAUCUGACAUUCUAGAGACUCUGGUACUGGCCUGCAGCGAUCAACAAGUCUUCAUAGGGGCGGCGUAUGCACUUACGCUGCGAUACUAUGCAGGCUGCAAAGUAUCUGCAUAUCAUUACAACAUUGCUGCCAACAUGUUGCUGCUCACCUGUGCUACUCAUCUGAUGUCGGUCACCAUCGUCCGAAACUACUGGAAGUAUCCAUGGCUGGCAAAACUACGAAUCCUCUGCAUUUCUGGAGUCUUUAUCGUCACUGGCCUACUUUUCACGAACCAAAACGGCAACGUGCAAUUACCAUUCCCCACCGAGGUCCCCCUCGCCAGCGAAGUCGAUAGUCUAAUAUUCCUACCCGCGGCUUGUUUCCAGGCUUCCGCGGGCGGCGCCAUCGAAACAUUCAAAGAAAGCACCAAAGAUGCCAACUCCUUUUUUAACAAGACGCUUCACGACUCAUCUCCCGGUAAUCUUAUUGAGGGCUGGAAUUGGUACGUCUUGACAUUGCUGUUCUACGGGGCUGCGAUCAUUGCCGAGGCCAUCAGGUUCCUCCGGCGAGGCAAAAGCAAGCAAGGAUGGAGAGGGAGGGUUGGCAAGCAGUUUGGCCGUGUCUGUGGCCUCGGCACGUUCAGGCGAAAAGUGGUCCAGAACAUAUUCCUCAUCUACCUCGUUGCCGGCGUAGGAAUCACCUGUGCUACCACGAUCAAGUCAACAAUGUACAUUUUCGAUCUACGAAGAUGGGUGGACAAGUCGGGCUGGAUCAUGAUAGAGGACAACGGGAAUCCUGAAAACGACGCCACUAGCUUUGGUCAGCUAGUGCCCAUCUUUUCCAGCGCGCUGAUCCUAUUCAGCUUUGCUCAGAUGAUUAGUGAGAAGGCCACAGAGCACUGGAAGCGCAAGCACGCAGGCGAAGAACGCCCUCCCCAGGAUGCCAUCAUACAGUACCUCGACCCUUCGAACUACGACUUACUCUCCCCUCCACCACCGGUCCAAGAGAAAUAUACGACGGAAUACUUCGGCGCCGCCGGUAUGCAUUCUGCAAACACACCACCGAGAGUCAGCUUGCAGCAUCAACCCUCUUGGGGUAGUACCAUGUCUGUGUCACACCCAAACCUCGCAGCAGCUCAUGCCUCUUCGCCCAUGCUGGUAAGGAAUGACUCUGGAAUUACGACACCGGUUUCACAGCUACCAAGCACCUUCCCGCCCAAUUCGCAUCCCAAUGAUCAAGCUGUAUACAGUGCCUUGCCCCAACAAGCUGGGUCUUCGCCAUCGCCUGAAGCUCGGUAUUCGCCAUCACCCCAUGCUGGGCAUGGUAGCCCUAUUAUCCCCCGGACAUAUCCUCCGGCGCUAUCGCGGCCUCUCAUGGGAAGUCCAACCCCUUCGCAACAAUUCGCCUCGAGGCCGGUGGGCCCUAGCAGGUCUUCCAAACAGCUAUCGUAG